ACGUUUCUUCUCUCUCUCUCUCUCUCUCUCUCUCUCUCGAAACGUAGCUGCUUUGAGAAGUUCCAUCCUCUCGUUUCAUCUCUCUCUCUCUCUCUCUCUCUCUCUCUCUCAACGAAGUUCCUUUGAAAGCUCCAUCCCCGCUCUCUGAACCUCAGAAAAACCCAAAAAAAAAAAACAGAAGGAGAAAUGCUGUCGAGAAUCAAUGGCGUUGCUUGGAUGGAAGAAGGAGCAGAUGAAGAAGACGCUGCUUCCUGGCCUAGAAACACUGAGAAGCACGACGAGAUGGGCCUCUCCACCUUCAAAUCCAUGCUCGAAGAAGACUGGUAUUUGAACAGUAAUCCCACUCCAAAUCCCAAUCAAGCUCACAACGAUUUCCACCCAAUCCAAACACACCCAGAAAUCAAAGAUAAUGCAUUCCCACCCAACCCAAACCAAGACAACCUCCUCUCCUUCCCUCUCGACUCAUCCUCGUCCUGCUCACCUUCCUCUGUCUUCAACCUCGACCCGUCCCACCCGUUCUUCCCGCAGCCGAAGAACUGCAUGGCAUCGCUCCUCGGUGCCGUCUGCAGCAACCCUUUUGAAGGCGGGUUUGAUCUUGGUUGUGACGCAGGGUUCCUCCCGCCGAUUCCGUCAAAUUCCCCUCUUCUGGGGAGCAGGGGAGGUGGGUUAUUGCCGGGGUUUAGCAGCUUGGGAUCGGAUAACCAGAUGGGCGCGCCAGAGCUGAGCUCGGACUCCCAAUUCCCGAUGGCCCGCUUGCUCCCACCGGCUGAAAACACUGGUUUCGAUCCAACGGUGUUUGGGGGUUUUGAGGGCUCUUCUGAAAACGCUCUGUUUCAGAACAGGGCCAAGGUGCUACGGCCUCUCGAAAUUUUCCCUCCCGUCGGGGCCCAACCGACGCUCUUCCAGAAGAGAGCUGCUCUCCGCCAGAAUUCGUCUGCGUCAGACAGCGUCCGUCCCAUUCGGAUAGAGGGGAAUUUUAUGAAGGGGAGUAGAGAUGGGGAGGACAAUAAGGAAAAGAGGAGAAAGAGCAGUGAGGAGGAUGAGAUAGAUGAUGCAAGUUUAGAUGGUUCGGGUUUGAAUUAUGAUUCAGACGAGGGCAUGGAGAAUAACAAUGCCAAGGCAGAGGAGGAAGAGAACGCAAAGAACAGUUCGAAUCCGAACAGUACGGUUACUGGUGGUGAUCCGAAGGGGAAGAAGAAGGGGCUGCCUGCGAAGAAUCUGAUGGCGGAGAGGCGACGUAGGAAGAAGCUCAAUGACAGGCUGUACAUGCUGCGAUCCGUCGUGCCGAAGAUCAGCAAGAUGGAUAGAGCUUCGAUCCUUGGGGAUGCGAUUGAGUACUUGAAGGAGCUCCUGCAAAGGAUCAAUGACCUGCACAAUGAGCUUGAAUCUACACCUUCCAGUUCUUCGCUGCCUGCUACUGCUAGCUUCCACCCUUUGACGCCUACACCUCCAACCCUGCCCUGUAGGGUCAAGGAGGAGGUCUGCCUGAGCUCAUUGCCAAGCCCAAAUAGUCAACCUGCAAGGGUGGAAGUCAGGGUGAGAGAAGGGAGAGCUGUUAACAUCCAUAUGUUUUGUGCCCGUAGACCUGGGCUUUUGCUCUCUACCAUGAGGGCGCUCGACGGGCUUGGGCUCGACAUUCAACAGGCAGUCAUCAGCUGUUUCAAUGGGUUCGCACUCGAUGUUUUCCGAGCUGAGCAAUGCAAGGAAGGCCCAGAUGUUCUGCCGGACGAAAUCAAAGCCGUACUUCUGCACUCUGCAGGCUUCCAAGGGACAAUGUAGGCCCACAAUCAAAGAGAAUUAUCAUCGCAACGGCACUAACUGUAGUAGGUACUUCAGGAGUUUGUAAAUGCAUCUUCCUUUCAUUUCACAGGUAAUAUGCUAUGAAGCCAUUUAGUUAGUAGGUUAGGUUAGCACUGUUAAACAUGUUUGUAGGUGGGAUUAUGUUCAUCGGGCAUUUCCCUUAAGUGGGCUAAGAAGCAUGCAAAUGCCUUUUCAUUUAAAUCUCUUCUUUAGAAUAAAACUUUCUGCUGAAAUUAGGAUCGUCUCUUA